GGCUUCGUAACGGUUGUAAAUAAAAUUGCUAACAGAUGAAAUUUAGUUCAUGCUCAAAACCGCGUUGCGCGCCUCAUAUCAUCAACGCACGCAGUAUUCCAUCCAACUUUGUGAGUCGAUUUAUUCGCGCUUCGUUGUUUCAAACGCAUAAAAUAAAACGAAAUGAACGAGACCGACGAUGUCGUCCUGUUGGAGCGCGAGGAAGUCGAAGCGACAAUGAAUAGCAUCUUUCAAGACCUGAACAUCACCGCCAAGGACAUGGAGAUUUCUUUGGGCGCCGAAAAGGGCGACGGUUACCUGAGUUUCCUCACCAGGGUAGACGUAACUACUGAAGACGGUAAAGAGUUGCAUGUUGUGAUUAAAUGCGCACCGCGAAGCGAAGCGGUUCGCAAAUUCGUGCCGAUCCAUGACGCCUACAUGCGCGAGAUUCACAUCUACGAAGUGAUAAUGCCCGAAUUUGAAAGAUUCCAAAGAGAGCAUGGUGUUCCACACCCGUUUAAUAAUAUUCCGAAAUGUUUGAAGACCCAAUCUACAGAGGGUAAAGAAUUGCUUGUAUUGGAAAACAUUCGUACGAAGGGUUUCCAGUUGUGGAACCGAAUGAAACCGAUGGAUCUGCAGCAUAUCGAGUUGGUCUUCAAAACGUAUGGCAAACUACACGCGAUUUCAUACGCGAUGCAACAGCAAGAACCCGAGGUCUACGAUAAAUUCACCGAUAACUUGUUUGAAAUCUUCAGUCCGGACAAAUUUGACCCCGGUAUGGCUGCGAUGAUACAGUUAUUGUCAACUAAACUCCAGGAAACAUUCGAAAAUGACGCCGAACACACAGAGAUAUACGAAAAACUCACCCGAUUCAAGGAUGGCGGUCUCAUGGAGUUCUGGAAGUCAAUUGGCACCAAUCUUGGAAAUCAUCCAGUACUUCGCCAUGGCGAUUGCUGGGUUAAUAACAUGAUGUUUAAAUACGAAGACGCUGACGAUGCAACCAAACCAACCGAUAUUUGUUUACUGGACUUUCAAUUGGCACGCACUGGUUCACCGGUGCUGGAUUUAUCUUACUUUUUGUAUGUCAGCGCACCGAAACACCUUCUUGAUAAACUGGACGACCUCUUGAUUAUCUACUACGACAGUUUGAUAGACGCUAUGAGAAGUAUGAACUGUGAUAUGGAUAAAGCAAUGAGUUUUGAAGAGUUGAAAAUCGAAUGGAAAGAAUUCGCGCGUUUUGGUUUUCUGAUGUCGAUGAUGAUCAGCAAGGCGAUGAUGAUGGAGAAGGAUGAAGUGAUCGACUUCCGGGAUGUUACCGAGGACAACCUUGACGAGCUCAUGCAUCGGCAAGGCAAACACGAAAAUGUUGUCAAACAAAAACUGAAGGAUCUAUCGAUCCACAUGCAUGAAUAUGAUUUCCUUCAGUAAAUUUUUAAUUUUUAAUAUUUUAGAAUCGUCAUUCUGUGUUGUGCUUCUAUUAAUAUGUUGUAUCAUCUGAUUUUAAAAUACUGUAGAGAAAUAAAUAAAUAAAAAAGUUCAAAUUAA